CUGCGCAACGACGCCACCGCGGAGGACUUCAUUUGAGGCAACCUGCGUGCCCUGCGUCUACAUUCUCAACAAGAUCGACCAGGUCUCCCUCGACGAGCUCGACAUCAUCUAUAAGAUCCCGAACUGCGUCCCCAUUUCCGAAAACCACAAGUGAAAAAUAAUGACAGCACCAAAUGCCACUGAUGCCCUGAACGCGUGGAUCAAGCGUGUUAGUGUGCUUAAGAACGAAUACACCAAGCGAGAUGGCUUGAAUCCGGAUACUGCACACCGGCGUAGUACGGCAAUUACGAAUAUCCAAUGUAGCAUGCGAGCAGCGGUCGAGAACGUGGAGCAGACCAAAGAUUGGUCUAAACAGUGGAUACGCUGCCUGGUUGACCUUUAUGGAUACGACAAGCGCAUCAGAGAUUUAGCUAGACUGCAAGGGCUGGAGGAACAACGGCUGCUAGAAAAAAGCAACUCUUAUCCGAACGAGCUGAAUGGAUCGAAGUAUCAGGAAUUUCUACCGUAUGCAAGAAUUUCUGUGGGUCGUAGGCUUACAUCAACCCGUAAAGAAUUGACAUCGUCGGCAACAAUGGCUUUUGAUAUCCAGCGAAAAGAACUCUACCUGAAUGCACUGAAAGCCAAAAUUUGCGAACUGGAACUGCAAAAAGCGGCAGCAGAAAAGAAGAUUAAUGCAGAUCUUAAGGUCAAAGUGAAAAAUGCAAUAGGGUUGUUUAAUAUGUUACGAUUUGACGCGCGCUGUGAAGAAUAUGCUGCCCUUCGUGUAGUCGAUGGGUCCAUGCCGUAUUUUUUUAUUGUUAGACCCGAUCAAGAGCCUUCGAGCUCUUCGACGGAAAGCGGCAACAAUGAAGUCUAG